GCCCCAAUGUUUCGUCAUUUGAUGAAAUUUUGCAUAGGACCAAAGAUAUAAACGAUCGGAGAUCGGACCAAAGUGUAUCAUGAAACUCUAUAUCCCUACAUGAUUUUAUUGUAUCAUGCCUACAGGUGCAAAAGCCCAAGUCCUCAUGGCUGUCAGUUUGUAAAUUUUUAUUUGGUGAUUUAAAAAAAAAGCGCAAAUGGAUUCUGCAGAAAAAAAUGACUCACAAUUAUCGUCCCCUUCGUCUAUUGACAUACGAGUCAAAGAGGAAAAACAUGAAAAAACACGCGUCAGUAUUGAAUACGAGGAAGAAGAACUUCAACUUGAAUAUAUAAAACUGGAAUCUUUAGCUCCACAUCCUAAUCUCGAUAAUACAUUCCAUGAUGGGUCUAAAAUGCUACCAUAUUUCCAAGAAGAACAGAAAGAUGUCGAAGAGGAAGAAGAGGAAAGAAUACAAUUUUUCAAUAUUGAAUGCGCAGAAAGCUAUUGCUAUCCUUCAGAGGACCAAUCAAGCAACGAAACCGAUUCAUUACUUUUAACUGAUGAUCCUCUUUCAUUAAAUUCCAAUCGCGAAGAAGAAAACGACACAGUGCAGUCCUUAAUGAAAAGUUCCUAUUUUUGGAAACCUCUACCUCCCUGUACGAGCAAAUGUCACAUUCUAAUAAAUGAAGAAAAUCAAAAACGUAUUUUUGACUCUUAUUCGAAUGCAGAAAAAGACGAAAGAAUCAGUUUUCUGGAAUCUAGUUUGGCACUGGUCUUACGAGUUAUAGAAAAAGGCCGCAAAAAAUAUGUGUCGAAAUACUCUCUUGAAACGGAAAAAGGUCGACAAGAAGUUUGUAGAGAGUGCUUUUGUCAUAUAAUUGACGAGGAUAGUCGACUGAUCACGAUUCUUUUCAAAGUAAAACUUUUCCAAAUCCAGAGUUCGAGUGUCAGCGAAAGUAAUUCCUCAGAGCAAACGGACGCAGAAUCUCAAACAUCUUGGAAACGUAUACCUCGCUGUACAAAUAAUUGUUAUUUGAAGGUUACAGAAGAUGAUCAAAGAUGUAUUUUCGACGCCUACUCGAAAGAAAUCACACAGGAUUCAAGAGAUAAUUGCAUAAAUGGUAUGAUAGAAAUUCUCGGAAGUUGUCGGCCAACGUCUCCAAAUCCUCUAAAAUUACGAUGUACGCCCAAUUUCUAUCUAAAUACGAGCAACGGUCGUCAGCAAGUUUGCAUAGACUGCUUUUGCCUUUCCAUCAAUGAAACGAAAAUGUUUGUUGCGGCAGUCGUGAAUAAAAAGUGGGAUGAUAUGCAACAGUUAGAAGGUUUUCAAAAUAAGUCAGAAAUAAUACAAAACAGCAUUUCUCCAACAGCCAGUCUGCCUCCCAGGACCCCUGACCAGCAUCUUAAAGUUAAAGAGAACAUAAUCAACGAGGACAAAACUUUUGUUACGGCAGUUGUGAAUAAAAAACCGGAUGAUGUGCUACCGUUUGUAACUGUAAGAAUAGAAAACAGCGUUAAUUCGACAAACAAGAAUCUUGAUCCACAUCCUAAAGUUGAAAAACAGAUAAUCAAUGAAACCAAAACUUCUGUUGCGACGAUUGUAAAUAAAAAUUGGGAUGAUGUACAACCUUUGGAAAUUGUAAAAAUACCAAAUGUCGUUAAACCACCUGUCAGUUUGACAGCCAAGACUAUUAAUCCGUACCUUGAGAUUGAAGAACACAUAAAGAAAUUUCCUCUCUGCGAAAGUAAUCACUUUGAUAAUAAUAGUUCUGAAAAAUACCUACCAAUGGGUUUAUCAGUGAGAACAAUGUACGAAAUUUAUAAACAAGAAGUUUCAGACCCAGUUAGUGUCAGUGUUUACCAGAGGAUCUUGGCCAAAAGUACACUAAAGUUUAGACCGAAUUUUCUCGGGAAAUGUGAAAAGUGCGAAAUUACUAAACGGAAACUUAAAGUAUCCUGCGACGAGGAAAAUAAAUUGAACAAUUUUUUAACUUGUCAUUUUCUUGAUGCUCGAGAAGGUCAUGACUCUAAAUCAAAGGAUGAAUACGUAGCAAAGCGUUCCAAUAAUUCCCUCUUGGUUUACACAUUUUCUUUUCAGAUUACUUUACCGACUCCAUUUUUGGAGGAACCAACUGCCUAUUAUAAACGCCCGUUGUCAACCUACAAUUUCACAAUUCAACAGCAAGGCAAUGGCACUUGGAGGAUUCCUAAAUUUUACAUGUGGCACGAAGGUGACGCAAAGAAGACUGCAAAAGAAAUUGCCUCCUGCUUGUAUCAGCACCUUUUAGAUUUGCCUCCCUGUGUUAAAUCCGUAAUUUUGUAUUCCGCCAACAACAGGGAAAAUAGGAGCAAAUCAAUUUCAAAGAUGUUUCUGCACUUGCUUGAAAAUCACAAAACACUCAAGACGGUGAUCCACAAAUUCUUAAUUUACGGACAUUCUCAAAUCCAUAAGAAUUUGAAAACUGGAUGGGACGAGACAAUUAUGAAAAGUCACCAUGGCAAAAUACAAGAACCGAAGGAUUGGUACGAUGCUUUUGCGAAACGUUUCGGUAAAAAAAUCGAACUCAUCGUUCCGAAAGUCAUAAUCAUGACUCCGGAGAUGUUUUACGAUUUUGAGAGUUGUUGGAAAGGCGAUGAUGAUUCAUUUAUUGAUGAGCAAGUAAAGUGGUUGCGGUAUACCAAAGAAGGUGUUUAUUACAAAAAUAGCUGGUCUGAAAUAGAGCAGUUUAAGGCUUUGAAUAUAAACGGGAAAUCUGAUAUUACGGGUCUCAAUCAAACGAAACUUGCCAGUCUUGGGCAAGUUGGUAUAAGUGAGGAAAAGAAAAAGGGACUUUUGGAACUGUUGCCGUUUCUGAGGCCUGAAGUCGCAAGUUUUUAUGAAGGAUUGCCUGUGGAGAACAAAGUGGAAGGAAAUCUGGAUAAUAGAUUGAAUCAAGAAAUUCAAAUUAUCCAAAAAGUACCAUCACCACCAAUAUUGAAUGCACAAACUUGUAUUCUGAAGGAAGAAGUAGAUCUUGGAAUUCUUGACUUGGAAGACAAGGACGAAGAAAUUUGGGAACCGCCUAAAAAAAUAUAUAAGAAAAUGUUUGAUACUGAAAUCGACGUUAGAGAGCUCGAAUAAUCAAGAAAGGAAAUCGAAAAUCCUGAAUCAGAAGAAUAAUUAGUCAAAGAAACUCCUGUGUUAUUAUGUUUAUUAUCUUAAGUGGUGUUUGCAUUUCACCAAAACAAAUAUGAGCUCUGUGAAUUGAGUAGAUAUUAAUAUUUUUUGUAAAAGUUUGUAUCAAAGACUGAAAUAGGAAAUUUUAUAUCUAAAGGAAAGAUUAGGGAGAGAAAAAAUACUCGGAAAGUGAUUUUAAGUUAUAAAAGUUAUAAAACUGGGAACCGCCUAGAAAAUAUCUUGCAAAACUUGUGAUAUCAUACCAUAAUUAUAAUCAAAGAACAAACGACUGAUGAAAAUCAGACAUAACUGUACAUUAUGGAGUUAUUUAAGAUAAUAAGUAUAUUAUAAAACAAACUUACAUUGCUCGUUUAUUUACAUAGAUUUGUAACUGUAAAGGAUACAUGAUUUGUUGUACAGUUCCUUAUUGCAUUUUUCUUUUCUGCACAAUAUAUUUUUAUGUAU